AGCAGCAACAGCUACAGCAGCAACAUCACUCGUAGCAACAGCAGCAGCAGCAGCAACAAAAUCAAAACACGUUUUACUCCCGCACAUUGAAAACGCAUAAACAAGGAUUUAAUUCCCAAUCGAAAACCAAAUAAAUUGGUUUAUAAUUUCCAUAAAUAUUUGUGCUUGUGUUUUUUGAAUGAAAGUGUGUAACCCAAAAUAUGGAAAUUUCGUUUAUAAAUAUUGAUGUGUUUUAUUGAAUAUUUGUGUCUUUUACUUUGAAGUCGGUUUCGUUAUUGUGUCGAUAUUUUGCAUUAUUAAUUACAAUUUACGUUCAUCAAGUGGAAGCAAUCACAAUAGAUUGAAAGACAAUUUCAAAAUAAGGAAAACAUCGGAACUGAACAAAAAAAGCUUCUGAAUUGGUUUUGCCGCAUCUCAACGUGUUUUUUUGGUGGUAAUGUGAUCGGCGAUUUUCGGGAGCAAUUAGAAGACUAAACAAAAGGACAAAGGACUCCGGGAAAGCAGCUUACCGACUGGCAAAGCGACAGCGGCAAAAAGAAAAGCCAACUUAACAAGGACUAUUCGCACACUGUGGCCAGCGGAGGAGGAGGAAAUCGAACCGAAUGCAGUAUCUCAACUACGCUCUGCAGACAUCCACGCGACUGCUGACGUACCAGGGCCCGAACCAGGAUCUGUAUCCUGACCACACAGGACUCGCCUCCGCCCACGAGGAGGACCUUAAGCACGCCUGCUGCAGUCGCGGCGCCCAGCUGCUCAGAUUGCGCCACCGGGAGCUGGCCAAGCGACGAGCUCUCGAGGAUCAGAUAAACGCCAACCAGGAGGAGGAGCCGGAGGAUCAGCAGCAGGAGCAGGAGGAUCUGCGGGAGGAAUUGGACAGCGACCAGGGAGCCGUGGGCGGGGAGCAUCUGCAUCCACAGCCAGUCCAAUGA